AAGAAGCAAGUGAGAGUUUUACAUUUUCAUACGAAAUAGCUCACAUACAUUUAUCUAAUUAGUCACUAUUAAAUUUAUCAUGGUGUCAGAGCCGAAAUCCUGAAAAACACAUUUUUAGCCAGUAUUCUCUCUCACAAGAUUUUUCAUUUAUAUUCAUAAAUCAUGGUUGUUGGAGAUGAAACCAAGGAUUCUAGUCAUGAUUCUUCCACACUUGUUAUAGAUUCAAUGUCACCAUAUUUUAUUCAAUCCGGCGAUGAACCCGGAGAUGUUUACGUUACCACUCUUCUCCGUGAUGGAAACUAUGGAGAUUGGCUCGAUGAAAUGAGCAAUGCUCUUUACGCAAAAAAUAAGUAUGGUUUUGUCAAUGGUGACAUCCCAAUGCCAAAAUCCGGAUCACCCUAUCUUCCACAUUGGCAACGGGCAAACGCCAUGGUCAAAGCAUGGUUGAAUAGUAGCAUGGAGAUUGAACUUAGACAAAGCGUCAAGUUCAAAACCGCUCGUGAAAUAUGGGUUGACUUACAAGAGCGGUUCGAGAAGGAAAGUGCUCCACGAGCCUAUGAGCUUCGAUGUUCCCUAGGAGCAAUUCGGCAAGAUGGACAGUCAAUAUCGGCUUACUUUAGCCGGUUGCGCCGUGUUUGGGAUGAGAUGGUGUCUAUAAACGCCACACCAAGUUGCACUUGUGAUGGUUGUUCAUGCAAUAUUUCUAAACAAAUAGCCAAGUCUCGGGAUAGAGACCAACUCUAUGAUUUUUUGAUGGGGCUUGAUGAUGCGUAUGGGCAUCUCAAAACUCAAAUAUUAGCCACAAGGCCAGUCCCAACACUUACUGCUGCAUAUCACCUAGUUUCCGAAGGUGAACAACACAUAUCUAUUGCAUCCUCCCGCAAACCAUCCAGUGACGGUGUAGCAUUCCAUAUUCAAACAAAAAAGGAGAAUGAUUUAGGCCGACGCCCGAUCACGAAGGAAGUCCGUUCUUGCUCUCAUUGUGGACGAACUAAUCACACGUACGAAGCAUGUUUUGAAAGAAUAGGCUACCCACCAAAUUGGAAUGUUAAAACCAAUCGCACUACUGGAGGAAAAUUCCGUCUUGCUGGAAACCCACGUUUCUUACAUGAAGGAGAGGGGCAAAAGCACAAAUUUCAAAACCCACAUACUGGCAGGGAGAGUAAAAGGGGUUCUCCUCCUCAUGCAGCACACAUGGACAACACCUUAAGCUCUACUUUUGGUCUCUCUCAUGAACAAUUAUGUCAACUUGCUAAACUUUUGAAAAAUGAAUUACCAAAUCAGUCACAUGCAUCCUCUCCCUCUGCGGGUCACGUAAAUUUGGCAGGACUUACCCUCGAGGAACCUGAUUGGGACGGGUCAGCUUCGUGAUGGUCUCUACUAUUUGGAAACCCCUAAAAUCCAAAGUGUGGCACUGUCAGUUUCUACUGGUCUAGACUUGUGGCAUCGGCGAUUGGGGCAUGCGUCAGACAAAAAAUUAGAAUAUAUAUCUUCUCUGAAAGGAUUCAAAAGAAAUGACAUUUUUUGUGAUCCCUGCAUGUGAGCUAAGCAAACUCGCCUACCUUUUCCUAUCAGUACUAUUAAAACUACUGGUUGUUUUGAAUUAAUACACUGUGAUAUUUGGGGCAGCUAUAAGUAUGAAUCCA